AUGUCUCUGGAGGAUUCAUUUGUUAUAAACCCUGAGGACAGUGGGGGUUCGGUUCUGAAUGUUUCCGGUGUAUUUUUGGACUUCACAGUAGAGCAGCAUCAGUACAACAUCUGGCUCCCUGGCAUCGGAGUCGCUGUUGUCUAUGGGAUAAUCAUCAUCGUGGGUCUGGUCGGAAAUGUCACUUUAAUGAAGACGUGUUUGUUGGUGAAGUCCAUGCGGACUGUGCCCAACUUGUUCCUCUCCAGUCUGGCUCUGGGGGACCUGCUGCUGCUGGUGACCUGCGCCCCGGUGGACGCCAGCCGCUACCUGGUGGACGAGUGGCUCUUUGGCCGCGUUGGAUGCAAAAUGAUCCCGUUCAUCCAGCUCACCUCGGUGGGAGUCUCCGUGUUCACCCUCACUGCUCUCUCCGCUGACCGGUACAAAGCUAUCGUCAAACCGCUGGACAUGCACAGGUCCAGGGCAACACUCAGCAUCUGUUUACGAGCGGGGGCGAUCUGGCUGCUGUCUGUGACCCUGGCGAUUCCUGAAGCUGUCUUCUCCGACCUGCACACUUUCACCACCAGCCACACCAAUGAGACAUUUGUGACCUGCGCGCCCUACCCUCACGCCGGGGAGCUGCACCCGAAGAUCCACUCCACCGCCUCCUUCCUCAUCUUCUACCUCAUCCCGCUCUUCAUCAUAUCUGUCUACUACUGCUUCAUCGCUCGCAGUCUGGUCAGGAGCUCUGCGGACAUCCCCGCUGAAGGACACCUGCACCUCCAGAAACAGAUCAAGUCCAGGAAGCGUCUGGCCAAAACGGUUCUGGUGUUUGUCGGCUUGUUUGCUGUCUGCUGGCUGCCCAGUCACGUGAUCUACCUGUACCGCUCCUACCACUACGACCAGGUGGACACGUCGCUGGGCCACUUCAUCGCCAGUGUGGGUGCUCGCAUCUUGGCCUUCACCAACUCUUGCGUGAACCCGUUUGCCCUUUACUUGAUGAGCAAAAGCUUCAGCAAGCACUUCAACAAGCAGCUAUGCUGCACUUCUCCCAGACGGUUGAACAGCCAGAAUAGUGGGAGAACAAACAUAACCACCGUCUGAAAGCAUCUGUUGUUUUCAUAAACUUGUAACAUCUGUGUUUCAGCAGGACUGGUUUCAUGUUGAUCCUCUUUUCUCAGAUCGAUUUCAGUGGACGACAUGUUUAACUCUGAUGUAGAGGUGUCAACUUCAAUAUAAUGUAUGGACACAGUUAAAACCAAAUGUCCUCAUUGUCAAGCCAUUUCAUUCCUGAAUUAUGUCUUACUAAUUUUAAUUAGCACUUCUCAUUAAUUUGUUUUCCCACAUAAAACAAAGAGUGAUGCAGUAAGACUUAAAGGUUCUGUGAGAAACAUUUAAUCUCUGCUCUAAAACAAAACUACUGGUUGAAAGACAAAUUUAAUCACGACAGAGGGAAGUUGCUUCUCGUGAAAACACUGGUACAGCUGAGAUGGAUCUUUCUUGUAGAUGUUCCCUGUCAAGUAAAUGUGAUAUAAGAAAUUUAAAUGUAAUUUAAAUCUGUUUUGGUGUAAAACCUGACGCCUUUUAGAUGUAAAAUCAAACUGAGUAUGAUCAUGUAUCACUUAUGACUGUAAAUGGCUAAAAAAGAUAAUUACAUUUUUUAAACUGUCACUUGCGGCAGAAACCAUUCAUGAAAAAGCUAGAUAUCAGCUUUAUUGUGCAUGUGUUAUUUUAAUCUGCAGUGUGCCAUUAUUAAAAACAGAUAAGUGAUGAUGGAGCAGAAAGCUCCUAUGACAUUUUAGGGUUCAGUGGUUGUAAAAUAUUCAAACUGAGAAUAGCCUGCUAUUGUGUGCACUGGAAGAGUUUUAUAUAAGUUUGGUAAUAUAUUUGUCAAAUGCUAAGUUAUUAAAAGAACUGCCGAAUGUUACAAAUUGUGUACAUACAGAUGUUCCUGUUAAAUAUGAUGGUGCUUGUUGGUGGCUCUGCUUCUAUAGGCUAUAAUGUAUGAACACUAUUUGUUAAUUCUUAAUAACAUGUCUACGGAGAAACUUAACAACACCUGAAACUCUUGUUUUUGCAGACGGCCUGCGGUUUAACUUCUCAGUGAUGUGUAAGUGAACUCUGGGACACAGAGAUUAACAGAUAAAAGCAAAGAAGCAAUUUCUGCUGUUUUUUUUGUUUUUUUUUUUUAAAGCAGGAAACUGUGAAUAUUUAGCAUUGAUAGCAGUGUGGCUGUAUGUCGGCCUGACCACCACUUUGGAGUGAAAUAUCUCAACAAUUUUUGGAUGGAUUGCCAUGAGAAUGUGCACAGACGUUCAAGGUCCCGUCCGGAUGGAUCUUAAUAAUUCAUCACCAUAAAUUCAAGUUCAGAAUUUUUCCAGUGCUUGGGAUUUAUAACUAAAAUCUUCUAAAAUUACUCACUGUGUUCCCAUUUAUCUUAGUAUACUUUGUGCUAAUUGCUAUUUAGCAUAUUUUAGCUUCUUAUCAUGCAAAAUUAAGAUUUAAAAUGGACCCACGUAACCUGGGCUCUCUGAGUAACCUGGUUUCUAAGAAAGACCAGUUCUGUACCAGUUCAUGUAAAGACACUGAAUGUCUGUUAGCAUGCUGACAUUAGCAUUUAGCUUGAAGCACCAUGGUGCCUUUCAGCUUCACUGAACUGCCAGCAUGGCUGUAGACUCUUGUUCCUUGACAGAUAAUUAAACUUACUGAUGAUUAAAUUUAAUUGACAAAUUAAUCUACAGAUUGUUCCAGUCCUUGUAACAUAUUGGUGAUAUGCAGUUUAACAGUGUAGUCAUGAGUUAUGACAAAACCGUUAGUCACGUGCAAAUGACAGAACUGUGAAGUAAAUUUGUUGCUGUUUUAUAUCAUCUUUACCAUUAAUAUGUGCUUUUGUGGUU